AUGAGAAACAUUGCUAUCAGAUUCCAACAGCUUCGACAUAAACAUAACUACGCAAUAGCAUGUCCCGGUCAAGGGUUCUAUCGAAACGGAUUAUUAGAAAUCAACAAAAAACACGAAUCAUUAUUUCGUGAAUAUCUCGAACAAAUAGAUGAAACAUUAGGUGAAAAUUUCUCCAAAAAUCUCUAUGCUCAAGAUGAAUCAAUAGCGAAAGAAUGGUUAGGCAAAACCUCAAAUGCCCAACCUGCGAUAUUGGCAUCUACAUAUAUCCUUCUGAAAAUCAUUAAUAAACAAUAUGGAAUUGAUCUAGUGGGGAAUUCCAAAUAUUUAUUAGGACAUUCAUUAGGAGAAUAUACUGCGUUGUUAUUAUCUGGGAUUUUAGAUUUCCCAACUGCGCUUAAAUUGGUACGUAAACGAGGUCAAUUGAUGGUUGUUUACAAAUUAUUGUUAUUACCCUUUAGGUUUAUACCUUACGAUCGUAAUAAGUUGAGAGAUAGUACUACUUUUGAUCAAGUCUUGUCCGAAGCAUAUGAUUGGGGAGUAGUUGCAAAUAUCAAUUCCAUUAAUCAAAUCGUCAUAAGUGGUGAAAAUGAUCGAUUGAUUGAAUUUUCCAAUAAUCUUAGAAAGACAUUACCCAAAUUAAGAACUAUUCCAUUACCGGUCUCGAUCCCAUUUCAUAAUAAAAUCUUGGAAUCAAUCGUGCCGGAAUUAUCUACAAUAGUUUAUGGCAAAUUACACGAGCAAAAGAUUCCAAUUAUUUCCAAUGUCGAUGCGAAAAUCUCGACAGUACUGAAGGAAACGAUGUCUAAGACAUUACAAGGUAAUUAUCAACCAGUUCGUUGGUUGGAAUCAAUGCAAUUCCUCGAGAAGAAUAGUGAAGAUAUUGAUUUUGUAUUAAGUUUUGGACCGGGUAAUGUUCUUCAUGGGAUUAAUUCUAAAUAUAAGGUGAAAUCCAUUGGUGUUGAUGAUAUUGACGAGAAUGCGGAAUUAUUUGUUUCAAUGAGAUGA